AUGACCAAGAUCAAAGAGGUGCUAGCCGAAGCAAAUUUCAUGGAAUCGUCCUUGUCUGGCACCUACGUGUAUCUCCCGUGUACUGGAGAUUCCAGAGCAGCCAUGUCGGCUCUUGCAAUAAACCACGAUCGACUAGUGGUGGUGGAAAAGAGGAGGAGUGCUGUACAGUACCUGCGGUGCUGGAGGCAGAGGCGUGUGGAUAUACCGGCCAAGUACCGCGCAUCACGGCCGGAGGACAUGGCCAUGACCCUGGGGUGCAUUUCUCGGAAGGCUCGCAAUGCGAACCGACUAAAGUAUGUAUGCGUGUCAGAGUGGGAAUUUCCCAGCGAGGGCUCCACCGGCGGGUUUUGGAGAUGCAAAGGAUGCAAAGGUCUAAUCGACGGCAAGUACAGCCUACAAGCUGCAACCGCUGGCCGGAUGCUGAGUCGCGCCGCCUGGGCAAACGCAGAGCACGAAGGCGAGGACGAAGCAGCAUCCGGAUGGGCAGGACGCAGCGUGUUGAUAUCGCAGCAAUUGGCACGGAGUACUCGGGCGUCUCGACUGGCGGCGCGCAAACGCGGCGCUGCGGCCUCGGCGGGCAAGGUCACGGCGCCGUGCGAAGAGGCAGCGCCCGCCCGAAACAUUCCAAGCACCCCCAUCACGCUCCAGGGAUCCGAGCUCGACGCCGUUUUUGUCUCUCCCACCCCCCGCGGGCAGCACGUUCGUUGUGCCAAGUAUCUGGCGAGUACCUGCCCGCAGCUGGCCGCGCAUAUGCUGGCAUCGUCAAGGAGCGCUCCAAGCAUGCAUUUACGAGCAGCGGGUGGCUUUGCAGGGACGGCUUCUGGGUCUGGGGCAGCCGGCCAGGCUAUUGGCGAGAGCGUCCAAGGCUCCGCUUCAGCCCUCCAAUCUAGCAGCGACUCGCGUUGCGUCCUGAAAGCGCUAGCCAUACAGCUCUCGAACCCGAGUGACGGUAGUGCUACCUCGCACUCCCACAUGCCCCGGCGGGCCCACGACCAGGAUCGGGACAUGACUGGGGGGUCUGUCUUUUCAGGUCCCGUCCAGCACAAGGCCAAGGAGAAACAGCGCGUGGCUCAGCGAGAGAGAGAGAUCCAGUCUUGGGACCCAACAGCCAGCUGGGGGUGGCCAUCUAAAAAUCCAGCCUUGGGACGCUAA